AUGCAUCUGUCUUUUAUAUUACUUAUCUUGUUUGUUUACCAAAUAAAGAGUGAAAAUGUAACUGAAGAAUAUCUAUUCAAAUGGAAUGAAACGCUAUCAACAAUUGAAGAAGAUUUAGAAUUAACAACUCCUUUUUAUCAAAGUUUUAAUUUAACAAAUGAUCUUAUUCCAGAAAUUGAUAUAUCACCACCAGUUCAACGUGUUUUACGUGAAAUCUUUCGUACAUAUGAACCUUACUGUUGGCGUCAUUCAUAUGGUCGUGGUGUAGGUCGUCCUUUACAUACAUGUCCUGAUUAUGCACCUGAACAAGAUGGUCUUCUUUGUUAUCCAUUAUGUCGUGAUGGUUAUAAUGGUGUUGGUCCUGUAUGUUGGGAAAAAUGUAAUAAUAUAACAUCAUUUGGUUUUGCAUGUAUGGAUGUUCGUAAAUCUUUACGUUCUUGUCCUUGGUACGAUACAUGUGGUGUUUUUAAACGUUCAUGUUCAUCGUGUCCAACAGAUUAUACAAAUCUUGGUUGUUUAUGUGGACGAUUUUAUUUUCGUCAUAGUUAUGGUCGAGGUGUUGGUUCACCACUUAUAUGCUCAGACUCUUAUGAACAAGAUGGUGCUUUAUGUUAUGAUAGAUGUGAUAAUAAAUAUAAUGGUGUUGGUCCUGUUUGUUGGCAACACUGUCCUAUAACUCAACCAGUUCCUUGUUUAGCUGGUUGUUCAAUAUCAAAACAAGAUUGUCAAUUAGCUGUUAUUAAUAUGAUACAAUCAGUUGUUGGUGCUUCCGUAACACUUUUAAAUGUUUUUAUUGGUGUACCAUUAGUUGAUUUAACAACAUUUGAUAUUCUUGCCAAUGCUGCUAAAGGUGAUUGGCUAUUAGUUGCAAAAGAUAUGUCAAAUUUAGCAAAAAAAAUAGCUGAUAAAAUUUUACCAGAAUUAACAAAAAAAUUUCUCGAUUGGUCAUUUAAUACAAUUUCAUCAGCAACAAAAAAUGCUAGUGUUAUUAUAACAGCUACCGCAUUUAAAGAUCAACAAUCUUUAAUACCUUUUUUAAAACUUUUUCGAUUAGAUUCAAUUAAUGCAGCUUUUAAUCAUGGAAAAUGUGAUUUACCAAAUAAUUUUGAUGAUAUUAUUAACUGA